AGGCACUUGGCCAUUCGGUCUAGUAUGGUGCAACGUCUACGUUACCUGUGACGUUCUAGCAUGUUCUGCAUCCAUCAUGCAUAUGUGUUUCAUCAGCCUUGGAAGGUACCUGGGCAUCCGAAAUCCUCUGAAGACCAGGCACAGUACUACUACGAGAACAGUUGUGCUCAGGAUAGCUUUGGUGUGGCUCUUAUCCAUGUUAGUUUCCAGCUCAAUCACAGUUUUAGGUAUAAUUAACCCAGAGAACAUAAUGCCAACAGACGGCCAAUGCGUGAUAAACAACAGAGCCUUCUUCGUAUUCGGCUCCGUCAUAGCGUUUUACGUCCCCAUGGUGAUCAUGCUUGCCACGUACGCCAUGACAGUUCAACUGCUACGCAAGAAGGCGCGUUUCGCCGCACAGCAUUCGGCGGAGAAUGCCGAACAUUUCCGAAGGCUGGGCGGACGAAUGUAUUGCGCGGACCAGCAACAAGCACCGCCCAAAGGGGAGGCGGAGAGGGAGAAACAGGUUGAGCAUGGUUUGUGGAGGACGCAAGGGUCAGGUGAAAGACCGGGUAGCAACCUAAGGUUACACUCUUCCCAUUCUCAGUUGUCAUAUGCGAAUGGUGGCAACAGUAGGCAAGAUCAAAGUACGCAGACUCCAGAAAAUAUCGCCAGAGAGACGAAGAACUUCAAGUUAAGGUCACUGAAACUGCAGUUGAAUAACACCACUUCCAAUCUCACGAAUUUCCGGUCACUCAUCUGCAAUCAAUAUUGAGUAAAAUGCUUUGUUAGAACCACAAAUGCCCAUGACCAUCUACAUC